AUGUCUCAGACUAAGAACCCGGCUUCGCCGACUGCACAGGCUAUGACGCCUGCUGCUUCGCAGAGCGCCUCGGGCUCUCCGACGACACCAAGGCCGAAAGGCCUACCGUUGUACAAGAUCUACGAGUUGCCUGCUCCCAUACGGACCUUUCCGCUCCCUAGCUUCUAUCCGAAUAAUCCAAUUUCUCUUUUCCAUGUCCUGUUUGCAUGGACGAAACAAACCUUGUUCCCACCGCCUGCUGAGCCGUCCAUUGUGCACGAGGGUAUCUGGUCCCCAGAGUCCAAAUCUGUCAAUAUCACCGACGAGAAGUCCAUGCGCGCGCUGUGGGAACAAGGGUUCUACGGCAAGGGCAACUUGAGUAGGAGUGAGCCCAAUUGGCUGAAGCGCGAGCGAGUUAGGCGCGGACUAGUACCGGGCCAUGUCAGCGAGCUGGUGACGGCCAGCAGACGUGAAGAGCGAAGACAGAUGAAAUGGGAGAGGGCCAAAUCCGAACAAGAGGCCAUCAGACAGUUACGGCUCCGAGAAGCACAACUAGCGACUCAGCUGGCGACCGAUGAUACAGUAAAGCCGUCAACUUUGGCUGCCGAGGCUGAAGAAUUUUCACCGAAGCUCCCAUCCAACCAUGUUCCUGCCCGAGAAGCCUCCACAGACGCGGGAUCCUUGCCUGAACCAACCUUCCCACUGUCUAAAUCCGGGCCUGCGGCCAAUGGCAUCCAAGCAGAUGUACCUGAAAUAUCUCAAGACGCACACCGAGUCACGCUCGUCGCCGAACCUGAGGUCCUUGAUCUGUCCGUUGAAGACGAUGCACCUGCAGCAAAGAAGACUGCCGAUGGACCGGUCAAUGGGGUGUCCUCUCACGUCACAUCAUCAACCAUUACGCGACACUCUCAAGCACACAUCGGCUCCGCCAAGAUCGCCAAGCCCAUUGACUUCUUACAAUCAAGAGGAGAGGUGGAGGUCACUGUUGAAUCAGAGAUCGUUCUCAGGCCCGGUGACGUACUGCCCACAUCUGUGCCAUUGACCUGGGCGCCUGUCGGGCCGGCGGAACUGCUAUCUCUCCCCAACUCCCACGCCUCCAUGGCCAAGGUUGAGGAUACCGAAGGUGUCUCGGAGAGCGUGGAUGUUGUUAUUGAUAGAGACGUUACUCUUAAACCUGGCGACACUAUCCUGGCUACUAUUCCUCCUUCUCUGUCUGCGCCCGUUGGACCACUGGAGAUUCUACGAUUGCCGAAUUCGCACAUUCGGUUGGCCACCACGACCGACCAGGUUGCGAAAGCCGUAGUGAACGGCCACUUUGAGGCCGUCGGCAAUGGGCAGUUGGAAUCAGCGGAUGCCAAGACUGUGUUAGAGAACGGAGCAUCACAACACCCGGUCGCCAAUGGCUACCACGCAUCAUCGGUCGUAGGCACUGUGUCUCCUGUCGGCCCAUUGGAACUUUUAUCUUUACCUAACGCGUACAUACCGCUUGUCAACGGGAUGUCGGUCGAAGCUCCCGAGACUGUCGAUACUUCUCCUACUGGAAGCUCACCGACUGUACCGCAGAAGCUCUCCACGAUUCACGAGGGUGUCUGCUUCAGUGACUCGGAAAGUAAAGGUCGGGCCGGAACAGGACACCUGAUCAACGACCUGGUCAACAGUGACAAAGCGGCCCAUUUGAAUGGGUUGAACGGAAUAGCGAAGUCGGCGGUUGCCUCUACUGAAAUCCCAUCGACGCCGAAGUCAGCCAAGCGCCGUAAGAGCGUUCGCUUUUCGCCUAAGGUUGAGUCGACCACCUACGAGCUUUCAGACCCUCCCAGUCCCAGUCUGGCUCUGUUCAACGGAAUCAAUGGCAAGGCCACACCGCCGGCCAAUGGCACAUCGCUUGGACCUGGCGUAUUAGAGACGGAGACGAAGGACGUGACAAAGUCUGAUAGCAAACCGCUCGACACCUUGACUGAAGUCGAGGCAGAGUCUAUCGAAAUCGUCAACAAAGAGCACCUCCAACUUACAUCUGAGGAAGCCUUCUUCCUGACUUUCGGAAUGGGUGCCCUCCGGGUUGUCCACCCCGCCACUAAGUUGCCGAUUUCUACAUCGGAUCUCUUCAAGCUGUUCCGGUCGUAUUCCUACUUUCCCUCUCGGGCCGCAGAAGAGCUCCAACCGGACGACGGCUUUCUAGUGAACUACGCCGUGUACCACCACUUCCGCUCGCUGGGGUGGGUUCCCCGAGCAGGCAUCAAAUUCGGCGUGGACUGGAUGCUCUACGCCAGAGGACCCGUGUUUGACCACGCAGAGUUCGGCGCCAUCAUCCUGCCAUCCUAUUCCGACCAAUGGUGGAAGGACAGCGAUCGGCAGCUGCCGCGCAAGACUUGGCAUUGGCUCCACGGAGUUGUGCGUGUCCUGUCGCACGUCCAGAAGAGUCUGGUCUUGGUCUAUGUCGACGUCCCGCCGCCUCCUCAGUUCGACGAGGCUAUGAAGAAGGGUCCUGCGGAGGUAUUCAAGCUGUACAAGAUCCGCGAGGUGAUGGUCAAGCGGUGGUCAAGCAACCGCAACAGAUGA